AUGGGCGGCCAGAAUUCCCAGGCGGGGCAGUGGCCAUGGCAAGUGAGUUUACGCCUCAACGGACAACACUUCUGUGGUGGAUCCCUUAUCAGUGAAUCUUGGGUGGUCUCCGCUGCCCACUGUAUUAAGAGUGGAAAAGAUCCUACAAAGCUCUCCGCCAUGCUGGGCACCGUGAAUCUCACUGGUCCGAGCAGCACCAGAGUCACCAUAGAUAUAGAAACUGUCAUCCCCCACCCGCACUACAAUAGUGGUGAAGGGACCCCCGGAGACAUCGCGUUGAUCGAACUCUCCAGUCCCAUCACUUAUACCAAGUACAUUCUGCCCGUGUGUGUGCCCCCACCAUCCAUGAACUUCCCAGCGGGCAUGGAAUGCUAUGUGACUGGAUGGGGUAAUAUCAGGGAUGGCGUUCCACUGUUGCCCCCACAAACCCUCCAGCAGGUGAUGGUACCAAUUAUCAGCAACAGCGAUUGUGACGCGAUGUACCACAUUGGUAGCAACACCAUUGCCGAUGAAGUCAUCAUCCCCAGUGACCAGAUCUGCGCGGGGUACUCGUCUGAAAGUAAAGAUUCCUGCCAGGGAGACUCUGGAGGUCCUCUGGUCUGUCAAGUUGAUGGUCGCUGGUACCAAGCUGGCAUCGUCAGCUGGGGAGAUGGAUGCGCCCAACCUAACCGGCCUGGAGUUUACACCUACGUCCCAUACUAUUAUAACUGGAUCUCCUCCCGUGGAAACAUUCGUUCUGCUUCAUCUGCAGCUGUUCUGAUUGUGUCCCUGCUGCUGGUACUAACUUUUUUACUUCUGCAAAGAUGA